AUGAAAAAUGUAACCGAUUCUUUCCUUUCCUUGGGUCACUGGCCAUCCGCCGGGAGUUUCGGGUUUAAUACCGAUAUUUUAGCAACAAAUCCAAUAAAUCUAAGUGUAGUGCUUGGUGUAUUAAUUUUUUUUGGAAAGGGAGUGUUAAAUGAUUUAUUAGAUAAUCGAAAACAGAGGAUCUUGAGUACUAUUCGAAAUUCGGAAGAAUUACGUAGAGGGGCCAUUGAGCAGCUCGAAAGAGCCAGGACUCGCUUACGGAAAGUGGAAAUAGAAGCAGAUGAAUAUCGAAUGAAUGGAUACUCUGAGAUAGAACGAGAAAAAGAAAAUUUGAUUAAUGCCACUUGUGACACUUUGGAACGAUUAGAAAAUUACAAAAAUGAAACCCUUCAUUUUGAACAACAAAGAGCGAUUAAUCAGGUCCGACAACGAGUUUUUCAACAAGCCUUACAAGGAGCUCUAGGCACUCUGAAUAGUUGUUUGAAUAGUGAGUUACAUUUCCGUACGAUCCGUGCUAAUAUUGGCAUUCUAGGGGCCGUGGGAGAAAUAACAGAUUAG